AUGCAACAAAUACCAACGCAUUUUCACAUCCCUCUCUUCCUUCUCCUCUUUUUCCUCAAUCUAGUCGUCCGGGAGGUAUCCGCCAUCAAUGAUACCGCAAUCGACUUCUCCACCGCUCCCUCUUGUGCUCGCCCUUAUUGUCUCGAAGACAAAGACUCACCAUACACCUGGACCCCUCAAAACCUCUGUCCAUCCUCAUCCAGCAUUCUCCCAUCCUGCUUCUGCAACCUUCCCCGCCCCCUCAUCUGUCUCCCCUACGACCCCACCGCUCCAGAUACCUGUUAUACAGAGCUAAAAACAUGGUAUACAGCCCUCUGUACCUCCACGAUGGGAAUAAUCCCCAACAAAACGCUCCCAUACCUCAAACUCCCCGGAUGCGCCAGAAACUGCGCGAAAGCUAUGACGUCCCAUCUAGGAUGUCCUGAUCACUCAUUAAACUGUGCUUGUCAGCUUACUUACCUACCCGGAAAUACGGCGGAGUGUAUUAAAGACCGGUGUGGCGGGGAUAUUCUCACUUAUAUCGGGAGUUUACCGACGUUUACUGGCAAGUGGAUUUAUCAAUCUUGUGCGUUUGAUGGGGAUCGGGACGUUGAUGGUAAUGGUAAUAAUACUAGUAAUGCUAAUAAUAAUACUAAUACGAAUAAUAAUAAUAAUAUGGUGGAGGUAUUGGGUAUCAGAAGCGAUACUCCGGAGUAUAAAAACAGUCCGGCUGCAUAUCCGCAGGAAAUCCUAGUCGACGAUUUCCAGGGGAAGGAAUAUACAAACUGGCAAAACGCGUUGAAUAGCAAACGAGCUAGGAACUCGAAUUUGGGGGUUAUUAUUCCGCUCAGUUUGAUAUUCGGGGGGGUAUUUGGGAUUAUGGGAUUGCAAUGGUUGGCGGCUUGUUGUGGGUUUCAAACACAGGCUUCGAGACAGAUGUGGGAUAAAGCUGGGAGAUUGGUGAAGAAGGUUUUUGGGGCCAUUGGUGCGGUAUUUUCGUGGAUUUGGAAAGGGGUGGUGAUUUUGGGAACGUGGAUUUGGAAGGGUGGGAAGGUGGUUUGGGGGUGGGUUAGGUGA